UAGCCUUUAAGACCCAAGACGAUACAGCCUCCAAAACCCUCGUGUGUUUGGCUCAGUUCAGAAUUAAAAUGGGGAGAGUAGCUCUUCUUCACUUGCUUCGAUCACAGUCCAGGCGCAUCUCUUCCACAAACGCCCUCUCUGGUUAUCAUCCUCAUAGAUUCGGAAUAUGGCCACAUUCCCCAAGUGCCAAACCAAACAUUAAUUCUGCCAUCCAGCUUGCUGCUUCCCAGAGAAGAUGGGCAUCUAAAGCCAGAACCGCAGAAGAUGAUAGCAAGAUUAGCAUUGGACCACAAAGAGGGAGAGAAAUGGAGGAAGAUGAAAAAGAUUCUAGGAUUGUUUACCAUGGGCCUAUCUCAUCUACAGUAAAGAAAGUGAAGCUUCUCUCUCUUUCCACCUGCUGCCUCUCAGUAUCUCUAGGGCCUGUUAUCACUUUCAUGACAUCCCCUGAAAUGAAUGUGAUCCUCAAGGGUGCGGUUGCAUCUUCUGUGAUAUUCCUCAGUGCUUCUACCACUGCUGCCCUUCACUGGUUCGUAAGCCCGUACGUUCACAAGCUCAGAUGGCAGCCAGGUUCAGACACAUUUGAAGUGGAGAUGAUGUCAUGGCUGGCAACAUACCUUCCAAAGACUCUAAAGUUUGCUGAUAUCCGCCCACCAGAGACCAAUAGGCCUUUUGUGACAUUCAAGGCCAAUGGAAAUUUCUACUUUGUCGACGCGGAACACUGUCAUAACAAGGCUUUGUUAGCAAAACUGACCCCUCAGAAAGGAGCCCAUGAAUCUGCUUUUAAGAACUUGUGAUCUGAUAACAUAUUGACAGAGCUCUGAACCACAUCAUAGAUUAUGGCUUUUGAUAAGCCACAAAUCUUUUUGAGCCUUUGAAGGCAUACUUUUGUGUUCUUUGUUUUCCAGAAAUAGUGUGACACUGGAUUUUGUUUGGUUUGGCAGAAAAUAAUUUAGUGGUGAGAUUUUCCAGACUUUUUAAGGAUUA